AUGUCGGACACCAACGCCUCCACAGCUGAGUCUGCGGAGCCCAACCUGGAUACCAUGACAUGGGUCGAGGUCACCAAGCAUACAGAAAAGAUCAUCGAACGCUUCGAAAACAAUGAGACAAGCUUUCAGCGCUGGGAGGUCAAGGUGGUCUGGGAAUAUUGGCGCGGCUUCGAGAUGAUGGGUCUUAGCCCCGGUCUUACGGUUCUCAAGUUUAUGCGUGAUGUUGUGAUUCCCUUCGCAUCUUCCCGAGUUCACUCCCGGCUCCAGGGUCAUACCCGAUACGAAAAAGCUACCGGCGCGGACAAGUCCAAGACCUACAAGAUUGAAACUACCGUUGACGAAGGACCGGCUAUUGUGUAUCGUAAGGGCAGCUCACCGGAUACAGUGACCACAAGCAACGUGGAAAAGGCUCACGAUGCGCCGCCUACUGUUGCUUCGAGUUCCCGUUCUGCUUCCGGUUCGGCUUCGGCUUCGGCGACUACACAGCAUGAUCGGUAUCAUGUUCACUGGGACCUCGGGGCUCACAUGAGGGCAAAUACAAGUAGCACAGCUUCUUCUCCCCCAGCCCACUCCGAGCAUAUUGAACACGCGACACAGUCUUCUUCCUCGGAUUCGGCAACUGCCAUCGCCAGCCAGAGCACCCAACCCAUCUCCUCCGAGCCUGCUCCAUUCCAAAACGUCCCUAUCGCCCAAGCCGCCAAAAAUAUCCUCAAGUCGCCAGUCUCGAACUCGAAACUGAUCACCCAGGGACCUGCCACGGGUAACGGAUUCCCCGCUGCAGUGACUAGUCGAGUCGAAGGACACCCGGAGCUGGUCAAGAUUAUCUGCAACGACAAGGAGGAAGUUGUGAGUACGGAGGACUUGGUUGCAAACAACUAUCUCCUUCGAUCUACCGUGGAGUCUCUCAACACGACCGUUACCUCGAUGCAGGCGAUUAUCGAGGGCCAGAAGGACAGAAUCAAUGCUUUGAGCGGCUACAUCGCAUCGCAGCAUGCUAAGAUCAGAGGCCUCACCGAUACUAUCGCAACUCUCAUGUAUCAGGUUUCGCUGUCGGAGAAGAGUGAUAAGUGA